AUUAACUACGUCAAGACUCAAAACUGUUAAGCUGUAUAUUUUAUACUCCUACCGUAUUAUUGUCGGCUUAGAAGUUCAAUUUCACAAGCAAAAGUUGUUUCAUUUUUAGUCCUCUUACCUACCAGCCAUCGUAUACAACUCGGGACGGCUCAUGUUGCAUUUACUAAACAUAAUAUAUCUUUUUGUGGUUUACUUGUCAGUUUCAAGUUAGUUAUCGACAAAAUCAAGCAACUCAUAUUCAUUUUGAACACCUAAUGGACGAAAAGGUCUGAAAUUAUCAGUUGUCCGAAACUCCAGUCUCUGUUUGUUAGCUUCUUUUUUUUAAUAUUGCAUUAGGCCGCCUUUAUAUUGUGUACAUGAAGCAACCCAAUAAACCCAUAAACAAACGAAAACUAGAUAUAUUCCACAAACAAUUAUUGAUAACUGAACAAAAUAACAAAACAUUAUACUCGGUCACAUCUGUUAAUAACGUAAAAUAUAGUAUUCAGAACCACACCUCCCGUGUUAGUAUAAAUAACAACAUUAGUCUUUAUCAAAAUUAUUGUCAUCGAUCAUUGAUCAAAAGAGAAGUUAAUUAGUAACAAAUGGCUGAUUUGAAGAUGAAUAUCUCUUGUUUCUUCUUCAUUCAAGUACUAUUGUUGUUGUUGCUCUCUUCCUUUCCUCCAACCAAUGCUCAAGGGUUGAAAGUUGGGUUCUACGACAAGACAUGCCCCAAAGCCGAGGCUAUUGUUAAGAAGUCCGUCUCCGAUGCCAUGAAGAAUGACCCGACAAUUGGAGCUCCUUUGCUCCGAAUGUUCUUCCACGACUGUUUCGUUCGGGGUUGUGAUGGGUCGGUCUUGCUAGAGCUAAAGAACAAAAAGGACGAGAAGAAUGCGCCUCCUAACCUCAGCCUUCGAGGGUUUGAGGUCAUAGAUAAUGUCAAGGCAGCUGUAGAAGAAGAGUGUCCGGGAGUUGUUUCUUGCUCUGAUGUCUUGGCCCUUGUAGCUAGAGACGCAGUUGUUGAGCUCGAUGGACUGUCGUGGGGAGUUGAAACGGGAAGAAGAGACGGUAGGGUUACAAACAUCAACGAGGCCAGAUCGAACUUACCAUCACCUUUGAAUAAUAUUACAAGCCUUAUCACCCAGUUUAGUUCUAAAGGCCUCGACAAGAAAGACCUCGCCGUGCUCUCAGGUGGACACACGGUCGGGCAGGGACAUUGUCCUUUAAUCCUAAACCGGCUGUACAAUUUCACCGGGAAAGGAGACAGCGAUCCGGACUUAGACACGGAAUAUGCAGCCACCCUCAGAAAAAAAUGCAAGCCCACGGAUACCACGACGGCUCUAGAAAUGGAUCCAGGAAGCUUUAAAACAUUCGAUGAAAGCUACUUCAAGCUCGUGUCUCAAAGAAGAGGGUUCUUUCAAUCUGAUGCAGCUCUUUUAAACAAUAAAGAAACUAAGUCUUACGUUCUCAAGCAAAUGAACAGUCAGGGAUCUACUUUCUCUGGGGAUUUUGGUGUCUCUAUGGUGAAGAUGGGUCGGAUUGGAGUUUUAACCGGUAAGGCCGGGGAAGUUCGGAAGAAGUGCAGAAUGGUUAACUAAGUAUAGAUCUUCUUGUGAGAUUGUGAUUAUUUGCAUUGUGAUUGUUUGUGUAUUUUCUCUUGAAGAAUUAUGAGUGAAAUAAACGUAUCAAUUGUCUAAAAUGGAAAGUAAAAUUGUAAAACAAACUAUGUCAAGUUUUUUUUGCACAAAAAUUAAUAUGGAGGAUGUAUUUUUCUUUCAAA